UAUGUUAAUAUUUGCCUCUAUGUUUGGAACGUGUGUGUUAAAUGAAGGUUAAAUGAGUGUUACCCGUCCUCUCUUUUUUCCUUGUCUAAGGACAGGACAGCCAUAAUAGCCAUGCCAUAGCCAUAAGACAGCCUGACAGCAGAAAAAAAGAAGAAAGAAAGCCAUACAUAACCAAAAUAAACAUAACCUCAUGUGUUGAAAGUUCAAAUCCAAAUCACAAAUCAGUUCAAAUUUAUAUAUCUGUAAAACCAAAAUACUAUUUGAUACUAUAAAAAUAGAUGAUUUAAAUAUGGAUCAUAAAGUUUUUGAAGUUUAUUUACAAAAUGGACCUACUGAUGCCGAUAUUAAAAAGAUAAAUACAUUACUAUCUAAUUCAAAAACGAUCAAGGAGGGUUUGGAGUUGCUGAACUCGAUUUUAAUACACUGCAGUGUUGAAUUCCUUAACGAAAAUUUGACAAAUUGGCUAGAUGUUUGUCUUGUGAAACAUUCUGAGCAUUUUACAGAUUUAAAAUUAUCACUUAUUGAGAAGUUUAUUGAAGCCUCCUUCACCAAUCAAGAAUUGGCCAAGAAAAUAAGCUCUGAGUAUUUGUCAAAAAUUAUUGACCUCUGUCUCACUAGUAAGAGUAGCUUCAAUGAAAUAGAAUCAGCUUUUGAUGUCCUCACGAUUUGCAUGAAGAAGUUCAAUAGUUGCACCACGCAUAAAACCAGGAUCGAAGCACAUAUUCUAUCAUUUCUAGAAAGCUCUGCAGAUUGGAUUGUCGAAAAAGCAGCAAUAGCUUAUUUAUAUCUUCAACAAACUGGUAACGCUGGUACUAAAAGUAAUAAUUAUGUAACUAAUUUUAAGACAACAUUAAGUCAGUUAUGUUGCACUGCACAUAACCUCCUUGACAUAUUUUUUCAAAACAAGGAAAUUGAACAAUAUACUCCAACCUCACAAGAAUCACCUCCAUUAGAGAUCUAUACUGAUGGUGAUGUUAAUCUCACAGCAAGAUCAAUCAAAAAUAUCGUUACAUUUUUAAGUAUAUUCAUUAAAAAAGAGUUUCCAGUUUAUAAAGAGAUAGCUCCAAUGGAACUUUUAAACCUCAUUAAAAGAUGCAUUGCUAUACAUCAUUGUGUAAGUGAAAAUUCGGAUAACCAAAAUUCUUCGGCUGAUUAUGAGUUUUUUAGGCUUCAUACUGACAUUCAACUGGAUUUGCUCAGUAUGCUAAGAAUAUUAAUUCUGUGGCUGAGAUCAGAUUGUCUUCCUUUUGCUUUUAUAAUAAGCAAAAUUUUACUUGAUUGUUUACAAAGAUCUCAAAAGUGUUCAUGUUUUAAUAUAAACUGUGUUUAUCUGGAAACAGUUUACAUAGUCUUGACAGCUUAUAUCAAUAUAUCUAAGUGCGCAUUAAAUGGACAUUUUCAGUCAGAAGUGAUCAAAUGCAUUUUGAUCCAUAUUACACCCAGAAGAAAUGAAAUUGCUUUAAAGAAACAGUCCGAUGAUAAGAAAGAAUCUUCCUUGAAACAAAAAAGUAUUUUACCAAAAACAGAAAAUUCAUAUGAUUUACAUAAAAGUAAACGUGAGAUAGAAAAUGAUGAAGUGAGAUGCCAAUUAGCGUUAAGCACUUUAACCGCAUUGUUCAAGAACAGUUUUUUAAGGGCAGAAAAGAGUCUUAUUCACAGUGUGCUUAGUUUGAUAAUGAACAUUUUCAAUGAUAUUAUCUGUUCGAGAAUACCUCAUCCGUACAAAAGCAGUGAAUCGCAAUUAAAACUCCAUGAGUUACUUGUAGCUUGUUGUGAACAAGAAACGUUGACUGAUCUUCCUCUUAUUUCCAUGACAUUAAAUAUUUUGCAGCAUUCGUCUUGCUCCAAAUUGAACAAAUUAGCUCAAAUGUGCCAUGAAAGCCUUAAUGAUUUAGAAAAAAUCUGUCAACCAAUUUCUACUCCAUUUCCAAUGUUUAGUGCUCAAUUGGCUCUGUCAGAACAUUCAAAUAUCAGUGAGAAUGGGAUUGAACUAGUAACAAAAGAUAAUGUUGUAGAUUUAACGAACGAUGAAAAGUCGGUAGAUAGUUCAUUCAAAGUUCAUAUAAUCAGCAAUGAUUUGGUUUAUUCGCCUGAUUUAGAUUUGUCUGAUAAAGAUAAAUCUAUAGCUACUGUUGCAUGUUCAGAUUUAGAUAGGUCUAUUAGUAUUGUCUUAUCGGAAGAAGGUAAUGAUAAUUUAAAUAAAAGUGACAAUUCUCGUAGUGAAGAAAAUAAUGAAAGAAAUGAUUCAGAAUCAGAUGAAAGCUUUGAACCAGUUUUGAAAGUAGAUAUUGAUAAUUUAAAUAAAAAUGGCAAUGCUCAUAGUGAAGAAAAUAAUGAAAUGAAUGCAGAAUCAGAUGAAAGCUUUGAACCAGUUUCGAAGAAAUCAAAGAUAGAAAGAACGAAAAGUACUAAUAGUAUACUUGUAUCAGAUGGAUGUAAAAAUAAUGAUGAGAAUAAAGUUGUAUGUUUAAAUUCAUCUGACAUCGAUAUUUCAUUUACAGAUGAUGUACAAGAUUAUUGAUCAAGAAUGUUACAAAUACACUGAAGACCAUUUUUAUUGGGAGUAUGGUUAUGGUGAACGUCAAUGUACCAGCUGGUCUCUCCUAAAUGUCCAUAUUUAUUUCUUCUAUUAACUUAAUAAAUGAAAGUUGUAAAAAAUUAUAUGUUAACCAAAUCUCUUCUACAAAGAACACAAAUAUGAUUUUGUAUUUGAUUGUAUACAUUUGUUUUCAUUUGAUUGUAUACUUAAUGUUUGUUUAGUUAUAUUUUGAUAAAUUGGUUGUUGUGUUUUAUGUAAAUGGGUUAUGUUAGGUUUCCUAUGUUUUUAUAAAACAUUGGUUUGUAAAUUUUGUGGCAAUUUUCGUCCUACUUGUUUAUUUUUUUUUGUAUAAGCUGUGCUUUUGAAUAAGUUUAAGUUUAAAUAAAGAUUUAAAUUUACUACCACUUAACUUUUGUCGACAGCUUGUGUCAAUUAAUACAAGAACUCUGUUUUAAGUUCCAUUUGUGAAGUAUUGUUAUUUUUUCAAUAAAAAGAUUUUUUAUUGGCAAA